AUGUCCGUCCCUUCCAUCUCGCUUCACGAUUUCGACGCUCGCCGCGACGAGAUCAUCGCCGAGCUCAUAGACGCUUCUACUGAGGUGGGAUUCUUUACCCUGGUAAACCACGGCAUCCCACAGGAAGACGUCGACGCUGCGUUCGAGCUGUCGCGCUCGUUCUUUGCUCUCCCGGAUGCAGCAAAGGGCAAGACACCACUCAACGGCAAGAAUGCUGGUUGGGAGAAGAACACCCAGGUUCGCCCCAGUACUGGUACUGCGGACCAGAAAGAGUCGCUCCAGCUUCAGUUUGCACGUAUGGAGGGCUUGUGGCCCGCGGACGAGGACGUACCAGACUUCCGCAAGAGGGCUGAGGUCUUCAUGGCGCAGGUGCAAGGCGUCUCAGUCCGCGUGAUGGAGUGCCUGGCAGACGGGCUUGGCCUUCCUCGCGACACUUUCACGACCGGGACCGUCGACCGUGCUGGCGAAGGCGACUCACAGUCGGUCCUCCGCCUGCUGCAUUACCACUCCACCGAGGGCAAGUCUUUCGGUCCCAAUUUCUGGCGUGCAGGAGCGCACGCGGACUUUGACGUCCUCACCAUGCUGUUCCAGCGGGAGAACGAGGGUGGCCUCGAGGUGUGUCCCGGCCGCAAGGUUGUUGGCGACUUUGGCAUGGGUGCUACCUGGCUCCCUGUCCCGGCUCGGCAGGACUCGAUCGUGUGCAACAUUGGCGACCAGCUCAUGCGCUGGAGCGAUGACCGCCUCAAGUCGACCUACCACCGCGUCCGCCUGCCCGAGGGCGACGAGCCUCGUGGACCGCGCUACUCCAUUGCCUUCUUCAACCAGGCCAGGUCGGACAUUGUUAUCCAGGGUCCCGAGAAGAAAUACCCCCCUAUCACUGGCAGCCGGUUCAUUGCGGAGGCUCUUGAACGCAACCGAAUGCAGUCCGCCGAAGUGGCCAAGCAGUCGGCGCUCGAGAGCGCAGAGACCGUGGCUACAGCUGUACACUACGUGCCCCAGCACCUCCAGGCAGCGGUGGCGGCAUAG